UGGUCCCAAAUCAAAAAGUAAAUGACAGACUAGUCACUAAGUGACCUCCAUAGCCAUCACGAGUAUAAAAAAAACAGUCCACAUAAAAAAGAAUCUCCGAACCCCACAUUGUAGUCAAUUUCGCGUCAUUUCACCAUAAUUUGGAGCGAAUUUCAGUAUUCUCCAACUUCUCUUACGAUCUUUAUCACUGUAAAAUAACAGAAGAGAAAAAAACAAAAUAUUCACCGUUGUCAAAACGUAUGUAGCACUGAAACUCGGUUUUCUUCCUGUUUUUAGGGCCAUGAAUAGGUACGGGGAGAGUAAUAUUCUAUUAGAUCUGCAUUCGUGAAGGGGCCAUACGAGCAACUGGAUUCUGCGAAGAAAACCCAUAUUAUAGUUUUUUUCCCGGGAUUUUUAGGGUUUGUAGGGUAGAGUGUGAGGAUUUUUGGGAGGUGGCCAAGGGUUCGAGGCUCGAAGAGGGGAAGAUGAGCUCGCCGCAGAAUAAUAAGUGGAUGAUGACGAUUUUUGAUGAGCCUCCGUUUUUGGAGGAAGGCACUGUGGGACAGACGGGUAAUUCGUUCUUCUGGUGUCCUCCUGGACUCAAUGAUCAGCCUGAUGGAAGUGCCAGUCUUGAAUUGGAUGGUUCCAGCAGGGAAACAGAUGAGCAAGAGAAGAUGUGCCCCAGAAAGCGGACACGAGAUGAAUCAAGUAGUGGGCCUGGUUCAAAAGCUUGCCGCGAGAAGAUGCGGAGGGACAGGCUUAAUGAUAGGUUUACGGAGCUAAGCUCUGUUCUAGAACCUGGCAAGCCUCCAAAGACUGACAAAGCUACAAUAUUGUGUGAUGCUACACGUGUUUUGAAUCAGCUACGAGUUGAAGCUCAGAAGCUGAAAGAUUCAAAUGAUCAACUUCAAGAAACUAUCAAAGAUUUGAAGGCAGAAAAAAAUGAACUUCGUGAUGAGAAGCUCAGAUUGAAAGCAGAAAAAGAAAAAUUGGAGCAACAAGUAAAAUCAAUGUCAAUGCCUUCUGGCUUCAUGCCCCAUCCUGCAGCAUACCAUGCAGCAGCUGCUGCUUUUGCUGCACAAAGUCAAGCAGUAGGCAGCAAAACUAUACCUCUUCCUGGAUAUCCUGGAAUGGCAAUGUGGCAAUGGAUGCCUCCGGCUGUGGUUGAUACAUCUCAGGAUCAUGUGCUCAGACCACCAGUUGCCUAAGGGUACUCAAUUAUAUUUUACUAACUGGUGCAACUUCUUCUUUUACUAGAGAAACACCCAUUGUUUCUCUUGGAUUGAAGUUUAGGUGCUACAUUUUUUGCAUCAGUUUAAUGAUCAAUUUUUAUGUUGUGCCACAGAGGUAACUUAAAGAACUAAUUAGGGCUCAUCAUGGUAAUUGAUGAUUGCACUUUCUGUAUUAUGAGCAUUUAAUCUGAAGCUUGGGUGAACAAUUCACAAGCUAUUGAUGAUUUUAUAAUAAUUUCCAAUUUGAGUUUGAUUUUGUUCAAACGAUACAGGAAAUGUCAAAUUAAGUGUAUAAAUAGUAAAUAAGUUAAUAAUUUUUAUUUAGCAA